AUGAGGCAUAAGAACAGGAAAGGCAACGUGGUCAAAUGGUUCCGAGAAGACUUCUUCAUCCCUGGGCCCGCCAUCUUCUACACCGACAUCUCCAAAGUGGCCAAGGUGAGUGUGGCUUUUUGGACUGUUUCUUGCUAAGGCCGCAGCCAGCUCUCAGUUAGCAGCCCACGCCUUCUAGGAGAUGAGGGAGAGAUUCAGAGCAGUUCACAUUUAAAGCCAAAGCUAUCAAAUCCAGGCUUCCUGAAACAAUAUGAGAACGGAAACAUAAGCUGCCUUUGAAAUUCAUACAUCCUUGAGUUUUUCAGUGCCAUUUCCUGGCCAAACAGUGUCUACAAAAAGGAUUGUGCAAGCUAAAAGUGUCCAGAAAACGAAUAUAUGAGUGUAAAUAACAUAUGGAAAUGCAUUGUAUUAGAAUAAAUCUUUUGAAGCCAAGCGCCCAUUGGUCUAAACUGCAUGCCAAAUUCUACUUACAGUGGACGCUUGGGUUGCGAACGUGAUCCGUGCAGGAUGCACGUUCGCAACACGCAGCAUUUGCAACCCGUGUUUGCACAUGCGCGGGUUGCGAUUCAGCACUUCUGCGCAUGCACAAAGUGGUACUUCUGGGUUUCGGUGGUCUGCAACCUGAAAAAACGCAACCUGAAGCAGUUGUAAACUGAGGUAUGACUGUAUUCUAAAAGGUCACAUUACACAAAACGAUAGAUAGAUAGAUAGACAGAUAGAUAGAUAGAUAGAUCCCAACCCCAAACUACUCAGGCACUGCCACAACUGAGCCCUGGAUAGAGAUCCGUAUGCAUUACAAGCUGCAAGCUGCCAGGCCAAUGGAUCCUGCAGGAGAAUUGUGGAGUAGCCCUAGCUGUGCAUCUGAUGGGCCACUGCGGUGAGGAGAGCUGCUUCCCUGCAUGUCUGACCUUUGCUGGAUCGAGGAGAGGCAGUGUGGUGCAGUGGCUAGAGAGACUGGCCAGGUGCUGGGAGACCUAGGCUUCAGAUCCCCACUCAGCCAGGAAACUCAUGGGGUCAGUCACAGUCUCUCGGUCUAAACUACCUCAUGAGGAUAAAAUGGGGAGGAGAGAGAACCAUGCAUUGCCACCUUGGGCAGAAAAAGAGUAUGAAAAGUUGACCCCUUUGGUGCCCGUUUCAUGAGGCACUGCCAAGCCAAUGGGCUAUGCCAGGCUUCCUCAACCUCGGCCCUCCAGAUGUUUUUGGCCUACAACUCCCAUGAUCCCUAGCUAGCAGGACCAGUGGUCAGGGAUGCUGGGAAUUGUAGUCUCAAAACAUCUGGAGGGCUGAGCUUGAGGAAGCCUGGACUAUGCUAACAUUGUGGUGGAUGUUUUUGACGUAUAUUAAGAAAUAAACACACAGCCUGCAGGUUCCCACCUAAUCUGACUUCGUUUGGCAUUGAUUGAUUAUAUAACUGAUAUCCACUAUUACUUGCCCUCUCUGUUUCUGCAAGAACAGUUAUCUUAUUUUCUAGUCUGACUUUAGAUUGUUUCAAUGUCAUAACCAGUUUUAGAUGGGGAUCAAAAAUAGGAAGGCGUCACCUGACUCUUAGUUUUGUUUGUUGUGAAAUCUUUCAAUUACAGUGGUACCUCAGGUUACAUACGCUUCAGGUUACAGACUCCGCUAACCCAGAAAUAGUGCUUCAGGUUAAGAACUUUGCUUCAGGAUGAGAACAGAAAUCGUGCUCCGGCGGCGCAGCAGCAGCGGGAGGCCCCAUUAGCUAAAGUGGUGCUUCAGGUUAAGAACAGUUUCAGGUUAAGUACGGACCUCCGGAACGAAUUAAGUUCUUAACCUGAGGGACCACUUUACUUAAAGAAACAUUUAAAUAGAAUCAGGAUUGGAGAGUUGGAAGGGAUCCUGAGGGUCAUCUCAGGCAGAGUGGAUGUGUCUUUCACUAGGUUUGUCCCUUGGACUACUGAAAAGUGGUCAGAUGCGGAGCAGAAGAAAACUCCCUCGUCUUUCUUCUUUGUGCCAGGCUUUUGGGGAGCACCUCGCGCCCAGCCAGAUCAACGAAGUCGUGUUGAAGGCGAUUGACAACCUGACAGUGGAAGACAGAGUCGUCUCUCAGGCUUCAGGAAAGCUGCUGAGUUCCUUCCUUGAGGAAUGCGGGAUGGACAUGGAAGAUGUAAGGCUCAAAAUGGAGGCAGGGGGAAGCAGGUUUCCUCUAAAUUAAACAUUCUCUUUGGAUGUAGAAUCAGCUUGUUUCUAGGGGUGUAAGAAGGCAUUGAUUUCCACGUUUGUGGAUUGCGCCUCUGUUUCCAUUCUGCUGCAGUUCAGCUUCCAAAAAACAACCACCAUGUUUUUAAUCUCAGUUUUGUUUUGUUUGUUUUUCUUGGGGGGCGGUAAAUAAUCACUUUGAGCAUCUUUUUUAUCUUGUCAUAUAUCAUUCCCCCAAAAUCCCUCAUUUUCUUUCAGGUUCACCACACUUUCUCAUCCUGGUCUUCUUUUAUCUUCUUCCAGCUGCCCAUAGUUGUGAAGGAGAUUUACAACCAUCUCCACAGAAUAUCAGACACCCGCACUAAGGAUGAGACACUCACAGCUGUGGUCAACCUUGCUGCGAAGCGCCUGAACCCGGUCGUAGAUAGCCUGUUGGACUGCUCACUGGAGUGUGAUGAGUAAGGGCCUCUUAGAGAUGAGUGUGUUAUGGGGGGAUAUAUCCAUUUUGCCUGCAAAUCUCAGGGCGUCUCAGAUGCCCUGCAUAACCUGCGAUCCACCAAGCCAGGCCAGAGCCCAUCAGCCAUGGAUGGAGAUUUCCCAACUCUGGGGCAUCUCACAGGUUUUUGAAGUAGAGCUGCCAACUUUUUGCCCUCGGGAAGCUGCUUCCUCUGUAGGAAUGAGGCUUUCAUCCACGCUGUGAAAAGCAGUACCCACUGUGGAUCAAACCUCUGUUCAAGAUUCAGGUGGAAGCCAUGCCAGGUUUCCCACACACACACCUUCUGGACAGGGAACAAAUUCUGUUUGGGUCACGUUUAAGUGAGAGCUUACAUCAUUUGCAGUUUCCAAAAUGAGAACUGUCGUAUUUCAAAAUUCGCACUAUUCUGAAUUUGUUCUGCUGUAGCCUUAUUCUCAGGUGCAGACCAGCAUAGGGAGGAAGCUGCCUUAAAGAGAGUCAAGCCAAUGGUCUGGCUACCUCAGGGUUGCCCACACUGACCGGCAGCAGCUCCCCAAGGUUUCAGGAGUCUCUCCCAACCCUGCGUGGAGAUGCCAGGACUUGAACCCGGGACCUUCUGCAUGCAAAGCAGACGCCCCAGCUCUGGCCCCUUCCCCUACUGGAGGCCCCCACCCUGCACAAGGACUCAGGAGAGAGCACCCGCUUGGGUUGUUUACUUUUGUGUAAUGCUUACGCUGUGGCUUUUUGGGUGCAAACUGCGUCUGCGUGCACUGACUUCUCUGCCGUGACCGUGUUCCCUCACCUGCUUCCUUGCUUCCUUCAGGAUGAGUCCUUGA